UUCCUCAGGAUUACCCGACGUGCCCCGCGGGAAAGAUGGCGCUGGGAGAGAUAGAGAGAGAGAGAGAGAGAGAGGAUAAACUUUAGCUCGGAGCUUUGAGAGCGCAACUCUUCCUAAGCGAGAGCCGGAUAUCAAGGGCGGGGGUAUAUCGGUCUUGUUCCGUCGGAGGCUCGGAGAAGCGCGGGCGGGCGGUCGGGCGGACGGAGAGCGACUUCCCGGCUGCAGGCGGACGCUUUGCAGGGAAGCGAGUUAACGUUGGAUGACGAACUGCGACUCCUGAAAAUAGCGCGUAUUAGCAAAGCAGGCGAACUGGCGCUGAGGGGAAACAGUGCACAAACUUUAUCACCGGGGGCUCGGGAGUGUGUACAAAAACGCUUGUUGAUUAUAUAUGACGAUUUGAGACGCCUGGGUCUACACAACCAUUUUGGAAAAGAGAAGCGAGAGGUCAUCAAUAGCCUGGGAGUUCACAUGCCAGAAGGAGAAGGGCAAGUGGGAGGAAGAGAGACCGUGAAGGAUAGAGUUUCCCUGGUUACCAGAGGGACACUGCAGUGACUGGAGCUUGAGAAUGGCCUGGGCAUGAUUGGUGAAUGAGGACAUCUCAAACACCACAUCACUCUUUUGGGAUUACUGGUUAACGUGCGGAUAGAGACUGAGCGCCUAGAAUGACGAGUGCAGCCCCAGCCCGCAAGCCCUAUCGAAAGGCACCUCCGCAGCACCGCGAAACUCGCCACAAUCAGCCCGUGCUCCGAGAGGACGUUACUGGCAGCCCCACAGCAACCCGUGACUCUCCAGCUCCAGCCCAGCAUGCCCCAAGUCAGGAAUCAUUAUCGGAUGCUGACAAAAUCAAGAUCUUACAGCAGCAGAAUGAAGACCUGCGCCGCCAUCUCACACAUACCACCCACAAAAUGGAGGCAAUGGAGGCGGAGUUUGAGAAUCGCAGACACUACAUGCAGACAGAGAUGGGCCGGACACAAGACGAUCUGGAGAAAAUGAAAGACAAGUUUCGAAGACUGCAGAACAGCUACACAGCCUCACAGAGAGCCAACCAGGAUUUGGAGGAGAAGCUUCAUGCCUUGGCUGCCAUCAGUCAAACCUGGGUUCAUGCACUUCGGAAAGUGGAAAGAGACAAGAAGACCAUGGAUCAAGAGAUAGUGGAGCUCACCAACAAGCUUGUGGAUGCUAAGAACACUAUUGACAAGCUAGAGGAAUUAAAUGAACGCUAUCGACAGGACUGCAAUUUGGCUGUGCAGCUUUUGAAGUGUAACAAGUCCCAUUUCAGGAACCACAAGUUUGCAGACUUGCCAUAUGAACUGCAGGAGAUGGUUAACAAGCACAUGAAGAGCAGUCUGCCUGAUAAGACCCAAAGUCCUCAAGGAGCCCAUAGUCAGGACCCAGACACGCUGAGCCUGACUCCAGCUGAUGUGGUGCCGACCUCCGUCAUUGCGCGGGUACUUGAAAAACCUGAACCACUUGUUCUCAACUCUGCUCAGUCCAGCAGCAGUGGACGGCCAGUGGCUGAGGAUGUGUUUGUCCAUGUGGAUAUGACUGGAUCCCAAAAUGAGCGUGCUGGCCGAGAGAACGGGGGCCGUGGGCAAACCAAGCUUAGCACCUCUACCGGGUCUGAACAGUCGCAUCUUAAUGGUGUGUUCCGUAGUCCGGAUGGCCAUUCAGCUGACAGUGGAGCAGCAUCCUCUUUUGAGAAGCUAAACCCCUACCCUACACCUCCUCCUCCACAUCCACUCUACCCUGGCCGUAAAGUGAUCGAGUUCUCCUCUGAUGAUAAGGUAAAGAUCCCUAAGAACAGCCCACUGCCUAACUGCACUUACGCCACAAGACAGGCUAUAUCCCUUAGCCUCGUACAAAACGAAGAGGAGGCUGGAGAGCGUCAGCGUACCGUCCCCAACAGCCCUGCUGUGUCUGAUGGAGGUUGGCGUUCUGGGACUUCCUCGUCUUCAUGUGGAGGACGUGCAUCUCAACCACGAACACCCCAGCAGAGUGAUUUCACUGACCCGCUGUCUAGCCAGUCAAGUCCCUUUAGCAGCCCACCGCAACCACCGAGUGCCUUUGCCAGCUCAGGUAGCUCUGAGGAGGACCUGCUCACCAACUGGCAGCGAAUGUUUGUGGAGAAGAUUGCGCCAUCCUCUGAAGGCACCCUGGUUAACCGCACCUCCUUUAGCAGUGAGACAGUAAAGGAUCUCCAGAGGAGUUGCAACAACAAAUCCGGUAGAGGAACUUCAGACAGAGGCAUCAUGCGUGGAGCUUACUCCGAUGGAGAAGAAGGAUCCUCUACUCAAAGUUGGACGGCCAGCAGAGAGUCCAGUCUGGAUACUGAUACAAGUAGCAUUGCAGACCUGCGCAGCAAAAGGGGUGAGUAUGGUGCUACCUUUUCGCAAGAAGAAAGCGAGCAAUUGCUGAUGUCUCUUGACAAUGAUGAUGGUGCUAGUGGAGACACAAUGGUGUUGGUGGAGUCCACUCCAUCCUCUGGCAAGCAGCAAGAACUUGCUGAAGAUAUUGGGUCUGUGGGCAGCCCAGCUGAAGAGAGAGACAUCCUUCCACAGGACUUUCCCAUUAUUAACCCCAGGGUCCUUGCCGGCUUGGAGGAUUACACAGAAAAGCCUUCCUUUCACCACCACCAGAGUGGCUCCAGUCGGCCUCAGAAGAGCCCCAAAAGGAUGGGCAUCCAUCACCUGAACAGGAAGGACAGUCUUACCAGGGCUCAAGAGCACGGAAACCUGCUAGAUUGAGAGAGGCCAGCCCCCUGCUCCUUACUUCACCUACAGUGCUCUUCUGCUUGUUGGAUCACAAGUCUUACCAGGCCACAAAGGGAAGCAGAAAUCACAUUGGUGAUUGAUCAGCUAAUAUCCAGGCUGCUUUCUUUUAUAGGUUAUUACUGUAAAACUUGAGCAUCUUCUAAGAAGCAAGGAGUUCACAUAGUUGUAGUAUUUAUAGUACUGAAUUAAGGUGGUCAUUAUACCUUUCAAGAAGUCUGAUCUACUUCAAACAUCCUUUAAGAAUGUAUGAGUGUGUAAGAAGUUCCUUUUUUUCAUGCUCCAACAUCUUCAGGACAUCUUUAAGCUGUGGUGUAAAUUACAAGAAGAAUACAGGAUAUAGCCAUAUAAAGACACCUCUGUGUUUGGCCAUUGUAUUGUAGAGGAAGACAUCCAGAUGAAAUAGCACUGUAAGGUGGUAAAAUACCACAGAAACUGGAAGCAAAGACCCCUUUUUGUUGAAUCGUUAAAAAAAAAAAAAAAAAAAAAAAAAAAAAAGAGCCCUCUGUCUCUAAAGACUAAACAGUGAGAUGGUGCUCUAGACUGAGAUCCAGAUACUGAUGUGCGGUUCAGAUUAUGCAGGUUUCCUGGGAUCCAGUGGAUUUAAUCUUUCAGUGCCUAACCCUUUAAAAUGACUAAUGUUUUUUUUCCCAUCACAUUUAAAAAUGUAAUGUUCCUUAUGUCUGCUUUCAGUUUAGAACCAAACCCAGAAUCCCACUCCGCUGCACAUCUACCUUUUUUCAACACGUCCAUUUUGAUCCAAAUGUUUGAUCCUCUAGAUUUCAACAAUUUUAUUUUCAUUUGCUAUAAAUAAUAUCCAUGCAUUGAUCUGUAACCUUUAAGUUCUUGGUACAUAUAAGAAGUUCUUAUUAACUCGAUGUCACAAUGAAAAUGUGUGGAAUAGAAAUGAAUGUACUUUUAGCUGCUGUGCAGAAGAACCCUCUAGCUAAAAUGAAUGCCUCUACGAUUGAGUUGUUUUUGCUUUAAAAAUCAUCACAAACUGGCAUUCAGUCUAUUGAAAACAAGAUAAUAUAUGGGUGUCCAAUCAUGAGUUUUCAUAGCUUUUGCCAACAGUGUACUUUUAAACAAUGUAUUUUACAAAAUACAGUGGCUGUCAGAAUAUAUUUCACAGUUCAAAUACCAUUAAAAUUUUCAUUAUUA